CUUCAUCUUGUUUCUGGGGAUGCCAGGACGACUGCCUCAUGCUGUCCUUUUUCCCUUCGUCUGGCGUCGAUGGCAUGCAUCUGUCUUCCCAACGGAUCGGCGUCGCAUGCCGUUUUCCUUUCUGAAUGAUGGGGCGCACAUUUCUCCAGAUUCGCGCAGUGAACCGAUGGCACCGAGCGGAGAUUGGCUUGCGGUGCAGAGGGGCCGAACCGCCGCAGAGCGGAAGCGGGGUCGUUUCGGUAUCCGAGAUUGAGGUGCGAUUUCUUCCUGCAGCUAUAUAAUGCGACAGUAUACCCGCCUUCGAAUAUAAGAGGAUUCUUGCAAACGCAUUUUUUGUAACUCCGUCGUAUGUACAUGGGUUUAGGAAGUCUGACCUAGCUUUUUAGCAAUUUAUUAUUCCCUGCGUCAGCAGGCGGCGUAUGUUGCGUCCGGACACGCAGCAAUAAGGAUGGAUCGGGUACGAACUGCACCAGCAGCAGCAGCAGCAACGGUUUCCCUUUUAGAUAGUGUGUAUUCAAACAGCCUCGGACGGUCCGACCAGCCCUUUGGUAGCCACGCUUUGCUGGUACUGGUCGCUCGCGUUCUUUCCCGGGUUCAGGCCUUCAUCCCGGCUCCGGCUCAGCAGGAGGACGGACGGACCCUGUGCAGCGGUGCAGCAGCAACGGGGUUGGCAAUUGGCAAUUGGCAAAAAGAACUUGCAAUAUUGUCCGUCGGAUAUGCGUGCAGCGAGGAAGAGUCGGUGGCAAAAUAGGUGUGGUGUUUUUGUAAGUGCUUGGAGGAUGCUAUAUGAAUUGAUAUUGCACUUGGUACGUAAAGGGAUGGGAUGGGGUCUGCAGGAUCUCUUGGGAUCUCUUGGGAUUUUUUUUAAUUUUUUUUCCAGCGGAGGAAGAGGAGGUGUGUUGUCCUUCCCACGGGGUUAUUAUGUUUUAUUAGAGACCUG